UCGGGAAGUGGAGCCGCCGCGGCCGGAGCAGCCGAGCAGCCGCGGAUCGCGAGGCCGCGCCGCCCCCGCCCGCCGCCGCGCCGCCCGCGCCCGCCAUGGCCCGGGACUACGACCACCUCUUCAAGCUGCUCAUCAUCGGCGACAGCGGUGUGGGCAAGAGCAGUUUACUGUUACGCUUUGCAGACAACACUUUCUCAGGCAGCUACAUCACCACAAUCGGAGUGGAUUUCAAGAUUCGGACCGUGGAGAUCAAUGGGGAGAAAGUGAAGCUGCAGAUCUGGGACACAGCUGGGCAGGAGCGCUUCCGCACCAUCACCUCCACGUAUUAUCGGGGGACCCACGGGGUCAUCGUGGUUUAUGACGUCACCAGUGCCGAGUCUUUUGUCAACGUCAAGCGGUGGCUUCACGAAAUCAACCAGAACUGUGAUGACGUGUGCCGAAUAUUAGUGGGGAAUAAGAAUGAUGACCCUGAGCGGAAGGUGGUGGAGACAGAAGACGCCUACAAGUUUGCUGGGCAGAUGGGGAUCCAGUUGUUUGAGACCAGUGCCAAGGAGAACGUCAAUGUGGAAGAGAUGUUCAACUGCAUCACAGAGCUGGUCCUCCGAGCAAAGAAAGACAACUUAGCGAAACAGCAGCAGCAGCAACAGAACGAUGUGGUGAAGCUCACGAAGAAUAGUAAACGAAAGAAACGCUGCUGCUAAUACCCCAGCCCGCCCACCACAGAGACUGCACUGCGCCGCUCCCCGCCUCAGGCUGCGGGGCUCCUGGGGGACAGUCUCAGUUUUGUGCCGUUAUUUAAAGAAUUCUCUCAACGUUUUUUGUACUGGGAGGCGCCAUCGGCACUUCCUCCCCUCCCCCCUCGAGUGCCAAGAAGGUAAUGGACAAGCCUGCCCUUCCCUUCUGGCGCCCCUGCCCCUGGCCAAGGCGCCUGGGCCCGGCGAGGAUGCUGCCAGCCGAGUGGACUGAUUAACCUGUUUGUAUAUAAUGUAUAUUGCUUUAACCAGCCACACCACCCUCAUCCUGCUCUGGCUUCGCCUCCGUAACGCCAGCCUGCUGUCGCAGGUCCUCGCCCCCAUCCAGCCUGCCCCCCCAUCUCACCGCCAGCAGCUUCCUGAGGCGGCAGGAUGGUGUUCUAGCCACGUCUUUUGCCAACCUGGGCUGGCGCAGUGGGCUCCGUGCUUCUUGUGCUCUCCUCCAGGCAGUCGACUUCUGUCUCUGGCACGCAGGGUCUCACCACUCUCUACAGCCUGUGGGGUCUGUGUUCCAAGCCCAGCUCCCCUCUCUCAUCUCCUGCCCCGCAGCCAUUCUGGCAGCUGGGAAGCCCCAGGCUUUGAGAGAAGCCUGGGGCUUCCCGUUAGAGGCCCAGCCCUCUGGUUCUGCAGAGGGAGUCACUCCUGCCCUUCGGCCACCAGAUUUCCUGCCCUGACUUCUAGAUGCCUCUGAGCUACAAACCCAGGGGGGCCGUGGCUUCUAACUUAAACCAACACCUUUCGGUUCCAGCAGAAAGGCAGGGGUGCGUCUGUGCAGGGACAGGUCUUCAGGAGGGCUUAGGUGCAUUAUUUUAACAGAUAAAGAAAAUGAAGCCAAAUGAAUUAAGCUCCUCAUACUUACUGUCUCUUCCUGGGGUUUGGCUGGCACCGCAGCAGAGCUGGGGCCUCCCCACUUUCUCGUCCAGUGUUUUUAGGAAGAGAGAGUGACUUCCUGCCGCUGUGGACCGGGCUCCUAGCAGAGCAGUGCUGCCCCCGGGCCACUUCUUGGUGGGAAAAGAGAAGGGCUCCCUUAGGGCCCCGACACCUCUGGCUGGGGAGAGGGGCCGGGGCUGCUGGACCAUGGGGGUGCUUCUGAGCUGGAGGGGGGCUGCCCCAGAUCACUGACAGAACGAGCUCAGGACACCGGCAGCGUGAGGAUUUCUUAGCAGGUGGAGGAACAGCCGCUGGGCGGGGUGCCAGCUCUGUCCCCUGAAAGGAAAAAGAGGGACACCUGCACUUGGUUAGUCCCUCUCGGGACAGUCGUUCACCUUUUCCCGAAAAGGAUCACGUAACCUGGGAAUAAUUUAUUUCAGCAUCAUGAUGUGUUGUACGAGAUGUCUUUUCCUAGGUAAAAUUUCCAGGCGAAGCGAUACCCAGACCCUUGUCUGACUGGACAAUCACAUCACAGAUCACACUGCGGAUUUUCCAUGUUAACACUGUUGAUGGGUUUUUAAUCAAUAAAAAAGCUGGGGAUUCCUUCUGACCUGUCUUUCCACUUCCCCCACCGGCCCAAAGCCUGAGGUUCUGCACGACAGGCCUUCCCCUCGGAGCCACAGGACAGGUGGGGAAGCGCGUGGAGGCCCUGCAGGGCCGGGCCACAGACCGCCCCGCCUGGCCGGGGAGGGGGCGGGGGUGUGGCCUCUGCCCGCGGGACCUCCUGGCUGGCCUGGGUCCUGUGAGGUGCCCAGAGCUUGGGCUCCCGGGGUGGGCUGCACACCGAGCUCCGGGGACUCGGGCGGCGCCGGUAUGGCAGCGCUUGCAAUUCCAGCAAUAAAAGGGGGCGGGUGAGGGUUCUGAAGCUUCGUCCAGACCAGAGGCCACCAGGCUUCUGGCCACCGGACUGCCAGACCCAAGUGGUUGGUGGAAGCGGCUGGUGGGGUGAUUUUGGUGACCACAGUGUGCCUGUCCCGCUGAGUGUCACGCGCAUGAGAGGGGAGGGGGGAAGGGGACCCACAAGGCUGGACGGACGUUCCGGUGAACCUGAUGUGAAAUUCCUAUCGAACAACAAAACUUUUAAAUGGUUUGCUAGGAUUAUUUCUGUAUCGAAAGUUUCUAAUUAUGCUUUUUAAAAAAAAUACUAAAAAUAAAGGUUCAAGCUGCCAAGUUCUCUGCCAGGAUCUGUUUCCUCUCCAGCUGCUCCGGGUGGUGGGGGCCUCUUCCCGCC